AUGUGGUCCACUGUUGCUAAUCAUGGAUUGCGAUCUUCCAUCAAAGGUCACUCGAGUGAAUCCAUGCUAGCAUUGCGAGUGCUCCUCGCUGUAUUCCUCUCUAUCUGGAGCUUCCACCGGCCCGCCGAAGCUGGUACAGUACUGGUCGUGACUCCAGAGAAUGAGGCGUCUCUCACGCUCGCCGCUGAGCUCUACCGGGCCUCGCAAGAGACUGACCAGACUCAUAACAAAGAGAGACUACUUCGAGAAAGUAUCAACGCGUAUCCAGACAUCGCAGCGGCUUACAACAAUUUAGCCAUGUUGAUCUUUGAGCGUCAAGAAAGAGGCGAAGCUCUACGGCUGCUGGAACGCGGUCUACAAGCUGCUGAAGCCACUCAUGACUGGGAAAAUGUAGCCAAUAUCCACAACAACUUCGGGUUUAUCAUUCGAGAACGCGGCAAAUGGAGCGUUGCGCAUUCGUUAGAAGCUCUCGGUCACUUUGACAAGGCAUUGGAGGUCAAUCCUGAGUUCGUGGGGGCUUUGUAUAAUAAAGCGUCGGUAUUGUUGGCGCUGCGUAGAGAUAUGGAGUCUAAGGAGAUGUUACUGAAGGUGUUGGAGCUUGAACCAGAUGAUCGACAAGCUCACUUAGAUCUGGGCAGGAUUUACUUUGAGCAUGGAGAUCUGGAGAAGGCGUUGGAGCAUGAAGACUGCGUGAUUAAGUUGGCUACGACCACCAAGGAGAAGCUGCAAGGAAUGCACAACAAAGGGGUGUUUUUAAAGGAGUACAACUUGCUCUCUCGCGCUCUUGAAGUGUACAAUGAGAUGCUGACAAUCGAUUCGGUUGAGUCGUAUGUAUUGAUCGAUAUGAUGAAUGCUAAAAGAUCAUAUUGUGACUGGAAAGGCAUGGAGAAGCUGGAAAAUCAAGUUAUACUUGCUGCUCAACGACAAUUUGAGCUGGAAAGCCCACAAGAAUCGCCCAUGUUCUUGCCUUUCGAUUCAACUUUACUCAAAGUUCCCGAUAUUUUCCGGAAAAGGCUAGCAAUUCGAGCCUCGAAAGUCUACGAACAGCCAAGUACGCUUGAACUGCUACCGUUAUCUUGGAGUGAUAAUGAGCCAACAUGGGAUCGUCCUGUGACCCCCAAGCGCUUAAAAAUCGGGUAUUUGAGCUUCGAUUACCGGGAUCACCCCAUGGGGCACCUAACUCUGGGAUUAAUUGAACAGCAUGCGGCGCUGGCUCGGGGUGUGGACACAAUAUGCUACUCAUACGGCCCAAAUUCUGUGGCUUCAGCACCUUGGCGUCGACAGUUUGAAGAAAAAUGCGGCAUUUUUCGAGAUUUAUUAGGCAUGUCUGAUCUCGAGGUGGCACAGACUAUUGGACUUGAUGGAAUUGAUGUAUUAGUGGAUCUUAUGGCGCAUACUAAAGGAGCAAGACUGGGUAUCCCGUCAUUAAGACCGAGUCGAAUCGUUGUCAAUUACCUCGGAUAUCCGGGGACAAUGGGCUCAAGUUUCACAGAUUUUGUCAUGGUGGAUAAAAUGGUCCUCCCACCGGAAGUAGCAGCAUCAAGUAUGACGGAACAGGUUGUGUAUCUCCCAUACACGUACCAAGCGAAUCGUUAUGAGCCUUGGAUUCCUUCAUGUGGUGAUAUUGAAUGUCAACGAACCAACCGAUCACAACAUGGCUUACCUACUGAUGCCUUGGUAUUCUGCAAUUUCAACACUAUUAACAAGAUGGAGAGCGAGUCUUUCGCAGUUUGGAUGAGUAUUCUAAGGCAAGUUCCUAAUAGUGUGCUCUGGGUACUCGCUCCAUCCGGUCUAGACGCUCCUCGUGUGAUGGAACAGCUACAUGACCAAGCAAUGGCACAUGGUGUUCUCCCGUCUAGAUUGAUUUUCGCUCCAAGAAUGGAUAAAUAUUCCCAUCUUGCGCGGAUUUCAGUAGCUGAUGUUUUCUUGGAUUCGUUUAUCUAUAACGCACACUCGACUGCGGCCGAUGCGCUUUGGGCGAAUGUUCCGAUUGUUACGCUAUGGGGAGAUACGUUUCCAUCUCGUGUUGCAGCGUCGUUGAUACUGAACGCUAUUCCGUACUUGGAACUGGUACCACACAGCGUAAAAGACUACGAACGCAUGGCUGUUUACCUGGCUGAAACACCGAAGGUUUUACGUCGUAUUCGCAACGCGUUGGCGUCUCACACACUGACGUCACCGUUGUUUAAUACCAGGCAAACCACGGAAACCAUUGAAACUGCGUACGAAGUGAUGCACGACGUUGGGAAUCGCUUACACCCACUUACGAAAGAAGCGAGAAAGCCACGAUUUCAACUAAUUAUUCAACCUGAGCGCUCGUUUGAUGCAUUUGGCAACCUAGAAAUGGUCAACUCUCCUGUGAAAGAUGUCAUUCAGCAAGGAAUUUCUCUUCAAGAAAAUGGAAACUACAUUGGCGCUCAAAAUGUGUAUUCGCGUGUAUUACGUGCGAGUCCAGGGAAUGCAGACGCUAUCCAUUUAUUGGGUACAAUUCACUUCCAGAAUGGAGAAUUUAACAGCGCCAUUGAGUACAUUUCACAAGCUGUGGCUGUAAAUCCACAGGUGACGUGGUAUCACUCCAAUCUGGCACUUUGCUACAUGGCACUCGAACAGCUUGAGACUGCAGAAGAAGAGUUUCAUACUGCUUUGCACCUUGAAGCGUCCAACCGCAUGGCUGUAUCGAAGCUGAGUGAAAUUUACACUAGUCAGAAAUCGCUCAACAAAGUUGUUGAUCUCUACGCAACAUACGGCGAAGCUGCGUAUUUCUCCUUGAGACAACCAACAAGUUCCAGUCAAGAUGAGAUUGAGCAAGCUUACACAGUCUACUCCAACGCAUUGGACAAGACCGGACAAGCUCUGAAGGCUAUUGAAGUGUUCGAAGAAGCAGUAAAAAAACACCCCACCAUCUUUAAACUCCGCUACAACCUCGGGGUGUUGUAUAACGAGCACGGAAAAUAUGAUCAAGGAAACCAGCAGCAGUUUGACGCUGUGGGUGCUCAAGCUCGCUAUCUCUUCGAGAUUCAAGGGCGGCAUUUUCAGAAAAUCCCUCGUCCAGGUCACAAAGUCGUCAUCGCUUUUUAUUGCCACGAAUAUGGUCAGUCAUGGUGGGAGAAAUGGGGGCCUUCAUCACUGAAUACAGGUCUGGGUGGAUCAGAAGAAGCAGUCGUGUUCCUGUCUCGUGAACUCCAAAAACUCGGCUACUGGGUGGAAGUUUAUGGCGAUCCGUCUCCACAAGAUAUCUCGACUUUAGAUCAAGCAGACGAAGACAUUGUUCGCUGGUAUCCGCACUAUACGUACGAUAUUGACGACAAAGGAAUCGACAUUUUCGUUGCUUGGAGGUACCAUAUUUCGAUGGCUAUGGGCCGAUCUGCUCGUAAAAAGUUCUUGUGGAUGCACGAUCUCCCUCAGGAAGACGCGAGGUGGUCGUCCGAGCUGUUGAAUAAUGCUGACGGGAUCUUCUGUGUUAGUGAAUUCCACGCUUCUGCUUUUCCUGAAAUUCUGCAAUCAAAAAUUACAGUGAGUACCAAUGCAGUCGAUCGAUCAUUCUUCGUCAACGGACCCAACCACGCAGAUCGAUUCGUCUACGGGAGCUCACCAAGUCGUGGAUUGUACACACUAUUGAAGACAUGGCCUCGUAUCCGAGAGAAGAUUCCUACUGCUGAACUGUCGGUAUUUUACGGCUUCACACCCGCGUUCAUGAAGUGGGGAAAUUCUCAUGUGACCAACUUUACGGACUGGAUGAGCGAGAUGCAUAGAUUACUUACCGAGACACCCGGUGUGCGCUUCGUGGGUCUCGUUAACCACGCGCAAUUGGCGAAAGAAUACUCGUAUGCGGGAUUUUAUCUGUACCCGACAACAUUUUCCGAAACGAGCUGUAUUUCUCUAAUGAAAGCCAUGGCGAAUGGUGCUAUCCCAAUUACCAGUCGAUUCCCAGUCUCUGCGUUACCUGAGACUGUCAACGACUAUGACCUUGGACCGCGAGCUCUACAACAACGCACUGUUGAUGACGAUCCGGAAUGGCUGGAGCUCUGGAUACAAAGCAUCGUGGAUGCUGUGUACAAUGAACAGCAAGUAACCACUAUACGCCAUCGUAUGAAGCGGUUUGCUCGGAAGAAAUACCGCUGGGAAAAUAUUGCACUGGAGUGGCAUCGAAUCAUCUCCAAACCAAAAUUUCCAUAA